AUGCUGCCCAAAUUCAGCUCACUACCUUUAUUCCGAUCCCCAAUCCACAAGCCAAUCUCCCCUCACAUUCUUCUCCAGCUCACCGCCUCAAUCUCCUCCCUGAAAGUCGUGUGGCGAAAGGACUAUAAGCUCGAUCAAGCCAUCGAGAACGACAAAAAAUGGCGUCUCUGUGCUAGGGUCGUAAGAGAGGUCAUAAACGAACCGGGUCGGGCCAUCCCUCUUCGCUACUUGGAAAACCGCCGCGCGCGACUUCGUCUGCGCGUCAAAGCUCGAACCUUUAUCGACAAAAACCCAGGCUUGUUCGACGCCUACAUGGACAGAGUCAGGCCCAGAUCCGACCCGACUACCUUCAUUCGGGCCAGUGACCGACUGAACCGGUUCCUGGAGGAGGUGAAAGCAAUCUACGAGGCGAACGAGCCACGGAUCGUCGAAAAGCUUUGUAAACUGCUGAUGAUGGCCAAGGACAGGGUCAUCAGCGCAGAUAAACUGGUCGAGGUGAAGAGGGAUUUCGGUUUUCCUGAUGAUUUUCUGGUUAAUUUAGUACCAAAAUACCCUGAAUAUUUCAGGCUGUACGGCGAGCCCGGAGAAGGAAGAUCCUUUCUCGAGCUGGUCGAAUGGAAUAACGAGUUUUCCCGAUCGGUUAUCGAAAAACGGGCGGACGAUGAGUAUGAAUUGACCGGGAUCAGGGUUCGGCCUGCAUUCGUCUGGAAGCUUCCUCCGGGCUUUUUCAUAAAGAGGGGGAUGAAGGACUGGGUUAAGGACUGGAUGGAAUUGCCUUAUAUUUCUCCUUACGAGGACAUCUCGAAUUUAAGUCCCGCCUCGCCGGAGAUGGAGAAAAGGAUGGUCGGUGUUUUUCACGAGCUGCUCUCGCUAUCGGUCCAUAAGCGGGUCCCAGUGCCGGUGCUCGGAAAAUUCUGCCACGAGUUCAGAUUCUCGAACGCUUUCGCGAGUGUCUUCACGAGGCAUUCGGGGAUUUUCUACAUGUCGCUCAAGUGUGGGAUUCAGACUGCUGUGUUGAGGGAGGCGUAUAAGGGCGAGGAGUUGGUUGAUUGCGACCCGAUUCUUGAGAUUAAGGGUAAAUUUAUCGAGUUGCUGAACGAGGGGCAGAAGAUGAGGGCCGAUCGGUUUAGGGUCGAGUCAGGGCACACGGUCCUGGUUCACGCAGCAGCCGGUGGGGUGGGGUCCCUUUUGUGCCAGUGGGCUAAUGCACUUGGGGCCACUGUUAUUGGGAUGGUCUCUACAAAGGAGAAGGCAAAUCAAGCCAAAGAAGAUGGGUGCCACCAUGUCAUAUUGUAUAAAGAAGAAGAUUUUGUUACACGUGUCAACGAGAUAACCUCUGGUAACGGCGUUGAAGUUGGAUGUUGGGAAGCACACUUUCGAGGGGUCGAUCACUAUCAGCAUGAGCUGUUGCUGAAAUAUGAUAUUACUGCAGACAAUGAUUCUAUAGUGACCGUCGGAGAUUGUAAGCGUGAGCUUAUGCUUCUGCAUGGGCCAUCAGUACUGGCUGCUGAGGUUAAAACAAGACGAAGCAGAACCCCUGUGUCAAAAGAAACCCCACCGAGAAAGAAAAACGGCAUACCAAACCAAAGGAAACCGAAAUCCGUCGUCUCCACCCCACUGAGAAUACCAAAAUCUGCCGUCUCCGAGCCGCCAUCCGUCCUUGAUUGCAGAAAACCCCACCUUAAUGUGGGAACAAUCGGGCAUAUUGGUCAUGGGAAGACUACCCUCACUGCGGCAGUCAUUAAGGUGGGGUUUUCUGCAAUCAAGGACGGAUGGCGGCUCGGAGAUGGCAGAUUUUGGUAUUCUCAGUGGGGUGGAGACGGCGGAUUUCGGUUUCCUCUGGUUUGGUAUGCUUUUUAUUUCUCGGUGGGGUUUCUUUUGACACAGGGGUUCUGCUUCGUCUUGUUUUAA